UUUAUAAGUGUCGGUGUACUGCUUUAUACCGAACGUCACUUACGAGCAGGGUUGAGAGGACCAUAGCGAUCGUCUUCAGGCAAAAUGUCGAAGGGACUGGCUGUUGGUAUUGAUUUGGGAACAACCUACUCCUGUGUCGGUGUGUUCCAGCAUGGCAAGGUUGAAAUUAUUGCCAAUGACCAGGGCAACAGGACCACACCUAGCUAUGUUGCAUUCACCGACACAGAAAGGUUGAUUGGGGAUGCAGCGAAAAACCAAGUUGCCAUGAAUCCCACUAAUACUGUGUUUGAUGCCAAGAGGCUGAUCGGACGCAGAUUUGAUGACCCUGUUGUACAUUCUGACAUGAAGCACUGGCCGUUCACGGUUAUUAAUGACUCUUCCCGUCCCAAAGUACAAGUUGAAUACAAGGGUGAAACAAAAUCGUUUUACCCUGAGGAGAUUUCCUCUAUGGUGUUAACAAAAAUGAAGGAGAUUGCUGAGGCUUACCUGGGAAAACCUGUUAGCAAUGCCGUUAUUACGGUGCCUGCCUAUUUCAAUGACUCCCAGCGUCAGGCUACAAAAGAUGCCGGAACAAUUUCUGGUCUGAAUGUUCUGCGAAUCAUCAAUGAGCCAACAGCUGCUGCUAUUGCUUAUGGUCUGGACAAGAAAGUUGGCUCUGAAAGAAAUGUGCUGAUCUUCGAUCUUGGGGGUGGCACUUUCGAUGUAUCCAUCUUGACUAUCGAGGAUGGAAUCUUUGAGGUGAAGUCCACUGCCGGAGACACCCACUUGGGUGGUGAAGACUUUGACAACCGCAUGGUGAACCACUUCAUCGCCGAGUUCAAGCGCAAGUACAAGAAAGACAUCAGUGACAACAAGAGAGCUGUUCGCCGUCUCCGCACUGCCUGUGAAAGGGCAAAGCGCACCCUCUCCUCCAGCACUCAGGCCAGUAUUGAGAUCGACUCCCUGUACGAGGGCAUCGAUUUCUACACCUCCAUUACCAGAGCUCGCUUUGAAGAGCUGAAUGCCGACCUGUUCCGUGGCACCCUGGACCCAGUGGAGAAGUCUCUCCGUGAUGCCAAGAUGGACAAGGCCCAGAUCCACGACAUUGUCCUGGUUGGAGGUUCUACUCGUAUCCCGAAGAUCCAGAAGCUGCUGCAAGACUACUUCAAUGGAAAAGAACUGAACAAGAGCAUCAACCCCGAUGAGGCGGUUGCCUAUGGUGCAGCUGUCCAGGCUGCUAUCCUGUCUGGUGACAAGUCCGAGAACGUUCAGGAUCUGUUGCUGCUAGAUGUCACCCCACUGUCCCUGGGAAUUGAGACUGCAGGUGGUGUCAUGACUGUUCUGAUCAAGCGCAACACCACCAUUCCAACCAAGCAAACUCAGACGUUCACUACAUACUCUGACAACCAGCCUGGAGUGCUUAUCCAGGUCUAUGAAGGUGAGCGAGCCAUGACCAAGGACAACAACUUGUUGGGCAAGUUUGAGCUGACUGGAAUCCCUCCUGCCCCACGUGGAGUUCCCCAGAUUGAAGUCACCUUUGACAUUGAUGCUAAUGGUAUCAUGAAUGUCUCUGCUGUUGAUAAGAGCACUGGAAAGGAGAACAAGAUCACCAUCACUAAUGAUAAAGGUCGUCUUAGCAAGGAAGACAUUGAGCGCAUGGUCCAGGAAGCUGAGAGGUACAAGGCAGAGGAUGAUGUCCAGCGUGACAAGGUGUCCGCUAAGAAUGCCCUUGAGUCUUAUGCCUUCAAUAUGAAGUCUACAGUAGAGGAUGAGAAACUGAAGGGUAAAAUCAGUGAUGAGGAUAAACAGAAACUCCUGGACAAGUGCACUGAAGUCAUUAACUGGCUUGACAAAAACCAGACUGCUGAGAAAGAUGAAUAUGAGCAUCACCAGAAAGAGCUGGAGAAGGUGUGCAAUCCCAUUAUCACCAAGCUGUACCAGAGUGCUGGAGGCAUGCCAGGGGGAAUGCCUGAUGGCAUGCCAGGGGGCUUCCCAGGAGCGGGCGGUGCUCCUGGAGGUGGAUCUUCUGGACCAACCAUUGAGGAAGUUGAUUAAACAUUCAGUGUCAAAUUUUUUUUUUAAAAACAUUUUUGCUACCUCUGUUUGUGGUAGCUUUUCCAUUUUGGCAUAGGUUGACAGCACUUAUUUUGAAGUAUUGUCAAAUUGUUUCAUGUUAAGGUGGUUAAUGUUUUACAAAUGACUGGUAUAGCAGGAGGGGAGGGAGGGUGAACAGGGAACAAUAGCUUUUCUUAACUUUCUGUGGUCAGUUUGCAAUGGUUGUAAGGGGUCCUUUUUUCCCUCCAUGCCAAAUGGUCGUCCUUGACAAAUGUCUGGCUUUCAGUCGUGUCACAAUGCCAGAAAGUUGCCUGUUUCCAAAAUAAAUUGUUCAUGUUGAAUGGC